AUAUAUGAAAACUAAUUUUUUCCUCCAUGCAGGUUCAUCGUUGGGUCAAUUAUGAAUCCAUGUUGAAGGAAUGCCUUGUUGGAAGAAUGGCACUCAAACCUGUUGCUGCUACUACAGAGACUUGCUGCGCUCUACCUGAAGAGAAGAAACUCUUAAAUGGCAUACUUCCUAAAAAUAAAGUAUUGGAUACGUCUUCCAAAGAUUUAACUCCAAGCUAUGAUUGGUUCCAAACAGAUUAUUUGGUCACUGUUGUCAUAUAUACUAAACAAAAGGGCAUGAAUUCAGAAAUGGUGAUAGUUGACUAUCAAGAUGGUAGACUGAGAGUAGACAGCAUUCUGAGGGAUUAUUCAUAUCUCUUGCAUAUUGAACUGAGUUAUGCAGUUCAAGAGGACAUUACUGUACACAUUGCUGAAAAAGUGGGAAAGGUGGAGAUUGUCCUGAAGAAAAAAGAUAAUAUUCCUUGGAGUAAACUGGGACAGCCACUCAACAGUCAUAAUUCAUUUAUCAAGUGCACAGACAGAGGGCUAUACUACAGAAAGUGCAAACUGAUUUCUAAGACAGAAGUCACCCAUGACACCAAACUUUUCUGCUUAAUGCUGCCACAGACUACUCAUCUCCAGGUUCCUGUUGGGCAUCACAUUUACCUCAAACAAAUUAUUGCAGGUACUGAGAUAGUGAAGCCAUAUACACCUGUAUCUUGUUCUUUGAAAUCAGAUUUCAAAGAACCAUCUCACCAUGAUAGUACACACCUAAUUUUAAUGAUCAAAAUUUAUCCCAAUGGGCUUUUCACACCAGAACUUGACCACCUGCAAAUUGGAGACUAUAUUUCCGUGAGCAAUUCUGAAGGUAGCUUCAAGAAGUCGCAAGUUCAAACUUUAGAAGAUAUCUUUUUAUUGGCAGCAGGCACAGGCUUCACACCAAUGGUUAAACUACUGAACUAUGUUCUGACUAAUGUUUGUGGUCUGAGGACAGUGAAGUUGAUGUUCUUCAACAAAACAGAAGAUGAUAUACUUUGGAGAAACCAGCUGGAGCAGUUAGCUCUGAAAGAUAAAAGGUUUGAGGUUCAAUUUAUUCUCUCAGAGCCAAAAAAAGAAGGGAAUGGCAAACAGGGAAAAAUUUCUUCAUCUCUCCUUUCUGAGUUUGUGAAAAGAAGCAAAAAAGACUCCAAAGUACUUAUUUGUGUCUGCGGUCCAGCACCUUUCACAGAGCAAGGAAUACAGUUAGCGAUGUCUGCCCAUAGGUUAAUUUCCAACCAAACAUCUCAGCAAGCUUUAUCGAAGUCUGAUUACACUUGGGAGUAUGAGUACUAUGAGUAUGGACCAGUUUCCUUUGAAGGACUGAAAGCUCAUAAAUAUUCCAUUGUGAUUGGAUUUUGGGUCGGUCUGGCAGUUUUUGUCAUUUUCAUGUUCUUUGUGCUGACCUUGCUGACGAAGACAGGAGCACCGCACCAAGACAAUACAGAACCUUCUGAAAAAAGAUUUCACGUGAGUAGCUUUGUGGCAGACUUUGGAAAACCUCUGGAGUCAGACAGGGUAUUUUCGCGUCAAGUAGCUGAAGAGUCCAGGUCACUCUUUCACUUUUACAUUAAUGAAGUGGAGCAUUUGGACAAAGCAAAACAAAGCCAUAAGGCCCCAGGUCUGGACAGUAAUAUUCACUUCCAGGAAGUAGCUAGGAGUAGUGGAAGGCUGGAGGAGGAGCUGAAUUGCCUUACAAAAUUUAACAUCCCCAACUUCGUGAACACUGACCAGAAUUCUUCACUGGGGGAAGAUGAUUUGCUGAUUUCAGAGCCACCAAUCAUUUUAGAAAGCAAACCAGUUUUCCAAGCCUCACGUCAGAUCCUUGACUGAAAAACCUUGGUUUCUAAAGCAAAGUGUCUUUUAUUGUUUCUGUGGUAUCAAGAACUCUUAUUCAGCUGCUAACAUCAGACCUUUUUGCCUAUUUCAGUAGAAGAUAUUUAAUAUCUUAUGCCUUGUGUUUUGUUGUGAAUAUUGAACUGACUGACCUCACUUUCGUAUAAAGUGAAAUACUUAAUAUUUUAUGUCAAGACUUAUUUUAUGUUACUUUCAAGUGUUUCCUAAGAUCAAAACCUUCUUCAGCAUUGCUGUUGUUGCUUGCUAUUUGUUUUAUUUAACUAGCCAUCAUGCCCAGCUGCCUAGUGGUAGCAGAACACACUAACAUGAGACGAGUUGCAAUGCACUUGACUCGGCUUUGUGGGAUUGCUGCAGCUGCAGAGGGAGGAGUAUCAUUGGAUUCUGAAAGGAAUGGCGUGGAACUGUUUGGCCAGGAGGAGAGUAAACUCAAAUCAAGACUGAAUGGAGGAAUAAGAAGAGGAAGCACCUUUUCGGGCUCUGAAUCUCCUCCCCUCCUCCCCAUUCAAAAGGCAGAUUAUUUUGAAACAUAACCAACAUAAUAAAAAUUUGCCAUUAAUCUGCACUCAAGACUCCUCGCAGCUUUUAGAGGCUACUGAAACCCCACCUAUCAAAAUUCUAGUGAUGCUGUUCUGUAUAUUAUAUUCAGUUAGUGUUUACAAAAUACAGUUACCAUCUGCUGAUGAAGAUAUUUAGUGUUUCAGAAAAUUUCAUAUUCUUGCAGUUGUGGAUGGCUGGGUGACCUAGAAUGAAUGCGUUCUACAUACAAUUAAUAACAUUCAGUUUUGUGGACUUGAUUGUCAGUGUGAGCCUUUAACAUGGUGAGCACAGCAUUUAAUACAGAAACUAUAGGAAACAGGGUUGAAAACAUUCCUGUUUUGUCCACAGCACAACAGAUAUAGCUAGUUACUAUAGUGUAUGUUUGUAAUUGAUACUUGCUGCUACUGUACUUUACUCAGAGAAAGCAAGCAAGUGGCUGCACAGUACUUGCGACUGUAGUGCUCAUGCAUUCUGAUAUUUUUGGGGUAACUGCAAAACCACCGAGAGCUAUUUUGUAAAAAAAAUAAAGAAUUUGGGAGAGAU